UUAUAUAGAUAUAUACACGUUUACACGGAAUCCUAUUGAAUAAUCGUGCAACGACGUCUAGGAUUAAAUAGCGAUAUCUACCGGGAGACAAAGUCUCGAAUGCUGAUCGCAUUCAUCUCGUCCCGAGGAAGAGAGAGAGAGUUGUCCUUAAUUUUACUUUUAAUAGAAGAGAAGUAGACGAAGAAAAAACGCGCUGAUCAAAAAAGAAGUCUACUGCUACUACUACUGAUAGAUUCCUAUUAUAAAAUUAUCGAAGCCAUGCCGCGUCUUAGGAUAAGACCUGGGAGGAAGCGAGCGAGCGGAACACAUAAAUAAUUAAACGUUCACGUUGAUAUUUAUCAAAGAAAGAUAUAAAUCGAACGAUAUUAUAUCUUUAGUAAAUCUUAGAGAAAGAAGAGCGCGACUUUUUUGCGUGAGAAAAAAAGGCGACCAUCGAUAUACUUUAUCGGUUUCGACGCUCGCAACUCAAAGCCCGAAACUUCGUCACUGAAGAAUUCAGAAAGACACGAUCGAGGGGAUUAUUUACUCGCGACGAUUGUUUGAUAUUUCUGAAACGAUAUUUCGAUAUUAUAUAACAUCCUGGUAAGAAGAAUCGACGAUCAGCCAAGAUGCCGCGAUGCUACAUGGUAAAGAAGGCUCUGUGCAACAAGUACAUAACUAGCGUUGCCAGAGGAUUCGAGAGCUGGGGUCGCGGAAGGAGCACGCCAUCGCCAACCACCAUACAGCUGCCGGUCUCAUCCGUCGAAGGGUGCGUCGCAACCCCUGUUGCACAAGAAUGUGCGAAUACAACACAAUUGAGGGAUGCGACAGCUGUGCUCGAUGCAAAACUAUCCAAAGAACAGCCGAGCGUUGCGAGCACGACGAUCACAACAACAGCGUCAUUAUCAUCCGUCAACGCGACCACAUCGUCCGCAACGGACUGUUCGAUGACGACUCGAAUAGAGACGAGCGUCAUAGUCACGUGCAGCACUACGUCUCUGACAACUCCACCUCUCACAGAAUCGAUCGCCUCUACCGUUCAGGAGGCGACAACGACGACGGUGAUUUCCUUAGCUCCGUCGAGCGUGCGGUCAACAACCGAGGAGACCACGACAUCGUCUAUCGCGACGCUGCACCGUUCGCCGUCCGGAGAAAUGCCCAUGUUUAAGGAUCGCUCCCCGGCGGAAACGGAGGCGGCCCACGAUCUCUUGGAGCUCUCCCGAUCACUGCCACCGUUGCCACCGCCGAGCGUUGUCGCGAUCGGCCCUCAGAGUGUAAUCGAGGCGCCGGCGAGCGACGUUCAAGAGAUGACGGUCUAUCAACCAACCGAGCGAUCGAUUUAUCAAGUGAACACGAUUGAUCUGACCAAUUCGAGUGUCUACAGUCACUCGAAUCAUCAGCAACAACAACCUGCAGCCGCAUCCGCCAGUAUUAUUUACGAACCUGGCACACCUAUCGUACCGCCCACAGGCAGCGUCUUUAUACCGCUAUCACCGGUGCAGGAGAUCUUGCUGACGUACAGUACGUCGACUAUACCGUGCACGCCGAUUAUUUCUCAGCAAUCGCAGUUUCCGUCACCGGAACAGCAGUCGCAACAGCAAGCGCAACCGCAGUUACAACAACAACCUCAGGCUCAACAGCAACAACCGUUGCCACAUCAGCGGCAACAGCAGCAGCAACAACAACAGCAGCAGAUCGCAACGAAGCCUCCGCUGACACCGCCGACCUCCGAAUGCAGCAGCGACAUUGAAAACAGCAAUCCGAACUCGCAACCGAUGCAAAAGGACAAGGAGGUGCAGACUGUCAUGCAUCAAGCGGAAGGCGUGAAACCGGUGACUUACACUUACGACACGUUACUCGUUACGGAUGGGAGAUCGAAAAAUAAAAAGACAUCUCUCGUGACGAAGAAUCAGGAAACUCAGUCGAUCGAGACGAUCGUGAGUUCCAAGACUAUUCGUUACACAUGCUGCGAGUGCGGCAAGCAAUACGCGACCUCGUCGAAUCUGUCGCGGCACAAGCAGACGCAUCGCAGCAUCGACUCGCAAUCGGCCAAGAAGUGCAUCCAUUGCGGCAAGGCGUACGUCAGCAUGCCCGCCCUGGCGAUGCACGUGCUCACGCAUAAACUGACACACAGCUGCGGCGUCUGCGGCAAAAUGUUCUCGCGGCCGUGGCUGCUUCAGGGUCACUUGCGUAGCCACACCGGCGAGAAGCCCUACGGAUGCGCCCACUGCGGCAAAGCGUUUGCCGAUCGCUCGAAUCUACGUGCUCACAUGCAGACGCACUCCACCGACAAGAACUACGAGUGCCCCAAGUGUCACAAGUCGUUCGCGCUCAAGUCGUAUUUGAACAAGCAUCUGGAAUCGGCGUGUCCGGGAGACAACGACGAGAUCAGCAACGACGUCGACACCCCGCCAUAAUUUGCCGAGAUAUCGAUGCGCGACGACAUCGAUCGAAAUAGAUUCUCUUUUACGAACAGACGGUGGUAAUCGGAAAUUAACAAGUUUUAUCUUUUUUUUUUUUUUUACUUAGAAUUUAUCUGAUUUUCUCAUAUUAGACGAAAUUUUCGCUUUUACGUCGGACAACUUUACGUAAUUUGUAUUAUGGCAUGACGCCCGGAGGAUUAAAUUUGCUGAUACAGUCUUGCGAUCGAUUGUGACUAUUCUCAUCUAUCUGAUGCGUAAAAUAAAACGCAUCACGCUAACUAAUCAAUUCUGCAAUUUGCAGUCGGUCGUGCACAACGUAAACGGAAAAUUGUAGCGACGCCAUCACGCUGACCGGCAAUGCGAAAUAGAAAAAAAAAAAAGAAAAAAAGAGAAAAAAAGAAACAAAUACACAGAUAGAUAGGUUUGCACGCUCGAAAGAACCUAAAGGAGAAAAAAGAGGGAAACAUAUAUCGAAAGAGGCUACAGGUCUGUGCGAAUGCGAGAGAAGAGAAGAGAGAGAGAGAGAGAGAGAGGGAGAAAGAGAUUGGUUUGGAUAGUUUCGUACAGAAUUUCGAGUCUAUCGUUGCAUUCGAUGGCGACAGAAAGCUUUCACGUUUUCUUUUGUCUUUAUGUGCGAAGCCGAAAAAUUCACACUUGCAAAGCUCGGAAAAAAAAAAAAAGGUUCAUUAUCAGUUUUCGGAUUAUUCGUUUACAAUUCGAAAGAACCACGCUGUGGUUCUUUUUUGCAAUUUUUGUUAAAUAUUAAGUUCGCUAAAUUAGUAAAAAUUUUGCUCCUUCUCUCUGUGGAGAUUUUUUUUUAUUUUUAACAUUUCGUCGCGACGGAAAUAUCGAAUUCGAAUUUGUGCCAGAUCAGAAAAAUGAAACGUUACAAAAUACAACAAAAUGAGUGAGAGGCGCAAGAAAACGACGAAGAAGCGACGGGGAAGAGCUUUUUCUCCAAUUAGUCGAUACUUUUGCUCGAAAUUGUAGAACCGAGUUAAUGACUCUUGCUGUCGCUAUCGAGAGAAGGCUCCGUUCUUCUUCUUUUGUACGUCAUAGACGACGAUCAGACGUCGAAUCUUCGCUAACAUCCAAUUUCAACGGGGGUAUCUUUCUCGGUAAGCGCAAAGUAAUUCGAUUUACUCGUCGGCUUAAACGUCGCGAACGAAGGUGAGAGGAAGGACGGAGGGGUUGGAAGGAAGGGGGGUGAAAAUCUCGGCUUCGCGGGAACGAGGACGAGAAGGUAAUUGACAUAUCGGCGUCUCUGGAUCUCUCUCUCUCGCUCUCGUCUCUCUUCUUCUCGCGCCAAGAGGUUUAUCUGAAUAUUUCAGUCGCUUCUCUUCAUUCGAGAAUAUUUGACCUAUAUUUUCCGAAUUAUUUUCUCGAUUCCCAUUCGAACGUUUUCUCUUUGACAUUGAGAAGAAGUUUACGAAUUGCCACACGGAUUUUUAAUUAACGAAUCAAGUAGAUUCCGUGAUUGAUUUCAUUAAUGUAAAGUAAAUUUAAUACUCAAUUCCAACUUACAAUCUCAAUCGGUCGAUUGUUUUUUUUUUUUUUUUUUUUUUUGUGUUCUUUGGAAGAUAAAAUCUCUCUUUUUUUUCAUCAAGGACCAAAAAAGAAUAAACUUAAUAAUUAAUUUUAAUCUCGAAAAACAUCGGUGAAACCGAUUGUUCGUCAUUGGCGAGAAACAACUACGUGCCGCGCGAAGUUUCGCAAUAUAUGUAAUUUAAUUUAUUCGCAAAGCCGUGUUUGUUUACGGAUUGUUUUCUCGAGCGUAUAUAUAUACGGCUUUACCAAAACAACUUCAGUCUUUGGAGAGACUAUCGAGACCUUUUUAAUACACAGACAUUUUCUGUCAAUAAAAAAAAAAAAAAAAAGACGGCUCAGACAAGUCUGUCAUGUAAAAAAAGAAAACGAACGCUUCGACGUAAAACGAUAUUCAAUAUUUCACUGUGUCUCUGAGACUUCGGAUAAGACUUUCGCUGUAAUCAUACUCGGAGCGAUUGCAAUUGAUAUACAUGACCACGGGAUAUAAAGAAAAGUCACGUCGAAGCAUCGAGACGCUCAACAAUCUGUUCGCCAACGUCGGACCUUCGAACAAAAUGGCAUCUUCUUCUUGCCAUCAACGAUCGAUACGAUAGCAUCGUGGAUGCAAUUAACUUCAUAAAAUCGCGAAAAGAAAAAACGACAAUUGGAGAGUCUAGAAUGAGCAGCGAUAAAAAUCAUCGAUCGCAG